AAUUGGAAACCACUCUUCCAGCAUUGGCACCAAAGUGGCGCACCACGACAUGCACAGCUGAACGAGGAGUGCGUCUUUGAAGAUGCGUGAUUAUCAAUGCACAUUUUCUGGUUGACUGACAAGCCUGCCGUCCAAACGCCACCAUGAUAGCCACAGGUGGCCUGCUGCGCAUGAACAGGCGCCAGGACUCACUCCGCUCCAAAAACCGAGCAGAAAACAAGAGGAAACGGAAAGCCAGGAAGAAGAAGAAGAACGACGUGGUGGUGGUGAAGGGGAAGCUCAAUCUCUGUUCUCCAGCAGGCCUGGUGGCCGCUGUUGGAGUGAUGGUUCUCAUGGUGGGGAUUUCCAUGGCUGUUCUGGGCUACUGGCCAAGCCAAAACCAACAGGAGUACCAGGAGCGCCGCAGAAUCGGGGCACACCGAACCAACAGGAUAAGCUACUCCAAAAGCCCACCUCUUCCCUCUAAUUUGACCAGUAAUAACCCUCCUUCCAACCGGGCAGAUCUGUUGAACCAGAGCCAUGCUAACAGCAGUGUCCCCAACCCCUCCCCUUCCUGUGGCUUCCUCUGUGACUUCCUGGAUACCUACCUGUACUCAGACAAUCUCAAAGUCUUCGGCCCACUGGUGAUGGGAAUCGGCAUUUUCCUCUUCAUUUGUGCCAAUGCAGUUCUCCAUGAAAACCGAGACAAGAAAACUAAAAUCAUCAACCUGAGGGAUAUCUAUUCCACGGUUAUCGAUCUCCACAGCAUACGGUCAAAGGAGUACUCUCCUCUCAACGGCUUGGUAAAUUAUACUCAGUCAAGGAGUGCCGAGGGACCGUCCGGUCUGUAUGGAGCUAGUGCAAUGCUCACCCGCAGCUCCUGGCCCUCCACCGGUCUAGGGUUCCAGGGGGAGUCAGGCACCGAUGAACUGUUCAGACGCCCUUCGCUGGCCAGCAGGCCACGCAGCUGGUCCAGAGAUGUCCAGACCUUCACAGACACUGUCUACAGCAUCUACAGAGAUUACAGCAAUAGUGGCGAACAGACACCUCAGCCUCGACAGUGGGAGACCACCUCCAUCGUCACCUCCAGCGUUAAUGCUUUCACCUUACCCGUCAUCAAACUGAACAACUGUGAGGUGGAGGGGUCUGAAAAAGUGGACGCAGAGGGAUGCUCAAAGGCAGGUGCCGUCAGUGAAGCGACUGGUGGAAACAGCAGCGAGGAUGUACAGGUGGGCAUCAGCCACAGCGGUGAGACGGACACCAAAGAAAAGGAUGCCUCUGUGGCUGACUCCCUCCCGCUUCAGCAGAGCCAGGAGGCUGCACCUACAGACACAGGUGAUGAGCAGGGAGCGCCACAGGCCCCUCCCCAGCCCCAGUGGACCCAGAUGCAGCUGUUCCCUCCAUCACCUGUUGCCAGGGCGAUGGGGUCACGGCUGUCACUCAACUCUCUCACAGAUCAGCCCAGGUCUGCACGGCGCUGCAGCCUGUCUGUAUCUGUGUGCCGUCAAGGCGACAAAGGCAGGCGCUUCAGCUGCCCACGUCUGGAGCGCUCCAAUAGUAAGGGCUACAUCAAACUGACUGACCUGGGGGGCGAGUCCUUUGAAGCCCCCGACAUAGACACUUCCUUGUUGGCCACCGACCAGGAAGUCACAGCAGCAGCAAGAGAAGAAGCUCAGGGAGAGGAAGACCUGGUGACACCCAGCACCUCUAUAGAAUCCUAGUCUGAUUUUAUGCUGAUGAGCCUCUGAAACUCUUUGAUGUCUUGUUUUUCCUUGCUUCAUACCUUCCCUCUAUCAUUGCUGCUGGUGUGAGACAGGCCAUACUGUAAAGCCACAGAGGAAAAGAAACUUGGAACGUAAGCAGCUAAGGACUACUGAAACAUAGCCAUGAACACUCAAGAGCAAAGCUCUUUAUAAAUACCACAUUCACAGCUCAAUAUUCAGAUGUAUCUUUUUUCUAUUUUUUCAAUGUAGCAAGAGCAAUACUACAGACUUGUAAGGAGAUUUAGUAAUGAUUUGUAAAAAAAAAAAGGAAAAAAAAUCCUAGCAUAGGUCUGAUUUGAAAACAAAGGAGAGUUUUAACUUUUCUUUUGUAUAGCAGUAGGGCAACUGCAGAAACUGUAGCUGUAGAAUUGCCAAAAACAGUCACUGAAAACAUACUACUGUAAGACAUGGUGUACUGUAGCAUAAACAUAUGCCGCAGAAAACAUAAUAGUUUAGAUUUGUUUCUAUACAUUGUUAUGUGAAUACCACGUGAAUAGGUGAACUGAACUGAAUCUCAGGUAGACGUUUGGUUUAGGAUUGGGACCUUCAGUACGAGGUCUUCCCUAUGUGCACACUUGUUUAAAUAAAAAAAAUCAUGGUUGAAUAAACUUGACUGUAACACC